CGCCAUCUUUCUUUAUAGAGAGUUAGUAGGACAAAACAACAACCAGUUUUGAAUGAUUAUCUCUCCAAAAUACAAUCGUUGAAGCAGUUGUUUUUGGUCCGUUGUUGUAAAUAAUAAGUUAACAGAGGAGCGGGUGAAAGAAUUCCAGAUAUUGGCCACAGAUAAGACAUAAGACACAGUAGUUUGGUGUGAGCGCUCGACUAGCGGAGGUGGUCACCAUGGGCCGAUCCCGGAGCCGCAGCUCGUCCCGGUCAAAACACUCCAAAAGCAGCAAGCACAGCAAGAAACGGAGCCGGUCUCGGUCGCGUUCCAGAGACAGGGAGCGGUCCAAGAAGCGGUCCAAGUCCCGAGAAUCGAAAAGGAACCGUCGCAGAGAAUCUCGUUCUCGUUCCCGGUCCACGACAGCGUCGUCCCGCAGAGACAGAGCAGCCUCGCCGCCGGAGCGCAUCGAUAUCUUCGGCAGGACGCUGAGCAAAAGGAACGCUCUGGACGAGAAGCAGAGGAAGGAGGAGGAGGAGAGAAGGAUAGAGAUGGAACGGCAGAGGAAGAUCCGGCAGCAGGAGAUCGAGGAGAAGCUGAUCGAGGAGGAGACGGCGCGGCGUGUGGAGGAGCUGGUCGCAAAGCGGGUGGAGGAGGAGCUUGAGAAGCGGAAGGACGAGAUCGAGCGGGAGGUGCUGCGGCGCGUCGAGGAGGCGAAGCGCAUCAUGGAGCGGCAGCUGCUGGAGGAGCUGGAGAGGCAGCGGCAGGCGGAGCUGGCGGCGCAGAAGGCCAGAGAGGAGGAAGAAAAAUCUAAGCGGGAGGAGCUGGAAAAAAUCCUGGAGGAGAAUAACCGCAAGAUCGCCGACGCUCAGGCCAAGCUGGCCGAGGAGCAGUUGCGUAUUGUAGAGGAGCAGAGAAAGAUUCACGAGGAGCGCAUGAAGCUGGAGCAGGACCGUCAAAGGCAGCAGAAGGAGGAGCAGAAAAUCAUCCUCGGCAAGGGCAAGUCCAGGCCUAAGCUCUCCUUCUCCCUCAAGGCCGCUGAAUAAGACUGCUCCCCCUUCGUCCACAUGUCACGCCCUGCCUUCAUCCCCAUCCAGCUCUCCCUCCUCAUCACUCAAACCCCCCACCCUCCUCCUCUGUGGAACGCUCGCUUCGUUUUGGAAGUGCCGAAGGAAGGCCGAGGAAAAGGGACACAACCCGGCGUGUUAACUCCCUGUGAAAGGCCCGCGUUGUCCCUCUCGGCCUCGAAGAGGAGGCAGCUCUUCGCCCUAGAAGGACCUGACUGCUCCCCCCAUCCCUUCUCAUCCCCACUGCACAGAUGAUUCUUGUUUGUGCUUUUUUUUUUUCAUUUUUAGGGAACUUGAACUUUUGAUGUAGAAUGCUAUAACAUGUCCCUGGCCCCAUUAAGUCUUAACUCUGGUGUAACAGCGAGUAACUGUGCGCCUGUGCUCUUCUUACAUGUCUUCACAGCCAGCAAACCACAAUAGAAUGCCAGUCCCUGAUUUAGGAGAGUGUGUGUGACUUUGUCUAGUUCAGUCUACUGUAAAAGCUCGUGUGCAGCUUGGGAGUUGGCCUGUGGUUUUCCUGUUUUUUUUUUUUCUUUUUCUUUUUGAAAUAAGGUUCCUAAAGUGGCUGACGCAGUGG